AUCUUGGACCGACACACUCUCGUCUCUCUCUUUGUUCUUCUUCAUCAUCCAUCCAACAAUAAACUCUAAUCACUAGUGUCCUGUCGAGUGCCAUCACUGCCAUCAACUUAAAAAGACACCUAGCACACGACACCUCUCACCCAGCCCUCAACAGCACUCACGACAACUUCAUCGCCAUGCGGGUCUCUACCGCCCGCAAGAUCGUGGCCCUGCCCAAGCAGGGCGCCGACUACCUCCCACUCGAGCCCUUUGCCGCCAGCCUCCCACGACCAGCCCAGAGGCAGCAACCACGGCCACUGGCCAAACUACCCACCAGCGUCGUCCUGCGCUCCCUCGCCGUCAACUACGCCAUGUCCUCCCCUCUCCUCAACAGCGUCUCCAUGGCGGUCCUCCGCCGUGCUGUUCACCCCACAAACGCCCUCUUCGACACGGCCAAGAACCCUCUCCUCCGCUUCCUCCUCAGGGCAUUCGCCUACGACCAGUUCUGCGCGGGCAUGAGCCCCGGCAUGGUCCAACGGCGCAUCUCUGGACUCAAGGACAUGGGCUACCGCGGCGUCAUUCUCUGCUACGGUAAGGAGACUGUCAUCAAGGGCGGUGCCGCCUCGGCCCAGGAGAAGAUCAAGUCUCUCAUGUACGGACCCCAGGAGACCCUCAUGGUCGAGCAGUGGAAGGAUGGUCUGCUCAAGACCCUUUCGUGCCUCGGUGCAGGUGACUUCUUGGCCGUCAAGGUCACCGGUGCCGGGCCCAUGGCACUCGAUGCCCUCAAGGCCGGCGAGCCCAUGCCCGCCCCCCUCCAGGCGGCCAUGGACGAGGUGUGCGCCCUGGCGUCGUCCCAGGGCGUCCGCUGCUGGCUCGACGCCGAGCAGGCCAUGCUCCAGGGCACCAUUGACGAGUGGGCCAUUGAUCUCAUGCGCACGCACAACAAGAACGGCGUCGCCGUCAUGUCCAACACCAUCCAGGCCUACCUCAAGGCGGCCCCCGCCAACGUGAAGCGCCACGUCGAGCUGGCCUCCAAGGAGGGCUGGACCCUCGGCAUCAAGCUCGUCCGCGGCGCCUACAUUGACACCGAUCCCCGCCACCUUAUCCACGACACGGCACAGGACACCCACGACUGCUUUGACGAGAUUGCCCGCGGCCUCAUCUCCUGCGACAUCCCCGAGGGUGGCCAGGCGACCUUCCCCACGACCCAGCUCUUCAUGGCCACCCACAACGCCGCCUCUGUCCGCAAGGCGCUCACGCUCCAGCGCGAGCGCGUCGCGGCCGGCCAGCCCUGCGCCCUGCUCGAGUUUGGCCAGCUCCAGGGCAUGGCUGACGACGUGUCCUGCGAGCUCCUCGAGGAGUGCGGCCACAACAGCGGACCCAACGCGCCUGGCGUGUACAAGUACCUCACCUGGGGCACCCUGACUGAGUGCCUCGGCUACCUGUACAGGCGAUCGCUCGAGAACAAGGGCAUGGCCGCCCGAGCGGGCGAGUUGGCGGGCGCCAUGGGCAAUGAGCUGUGGCAGCGUGUCAAGACGCUCAAGUUCUAAGCGGUCGAUGACUCUUUUUUCUUUUUGUCUCUUGGGGGGGAGUUUCUUCGGAACCGGUGCAUAGACGGAGCAAGCGUUGCUAUUUGGGUUGUCUUUUGGAAGCGUGGUGAAACUGGUCAUGAUCAUGAUGAUGAAUACACAUAAAUACCUAUAUCUAGAAUGAUAUCACACAAUAUUAGUAAAGUCAAGUA